CUAACUAAAUAUGUUACAAAUAGGCAGGAUCUGAUAGCACUUACCGAACAAUAAAAUCCAGGCGCAUAGCAAUCAAUUCUAAAUCUUAACUUUCCUAAUUUAUCGAUCCUCGCCUUUUCUAACAACAAACUUUCCUAAUGGCACAGUUCCUACCUCGUUCGUUCGUUAGUCCCUACUCCCCUUCGCAUCGAUCGCAACUCCCUCCCCUCACCCCCACCCAUUUUUAUUCCCGUGGAGCAGGUGAAAAAAACCCAGAAAAAACCGUGUGAUGAAACAUAAUCCUUCCCACGCUCACACCCUACCCUAUUACCCUCUCACCUACGACGCCGCCCCCGUUCCCCACGGACGCCAUGGCGGCCGCAGCCUUCCGAUCCUCCUCUGAACGCAUCGCCGCCUACGACACCGCCUAACCACGGUCUCCACUGGUGCUGCGAUGGUCGCAGCCUCCACUCAGAUCCAUCUGCCGUUGACACCAUAUCCUCCCUCACGACGGGAUCCGGCCUCCACUACUGUGCAUGGGUGCGACGGGAUAUCGGGAUCCACCACUCCUCGGCCGCCGCUCGACCUCCACGACCGCGCCUCGCCAAUGCUUGGUUCCCCGCAUCCCGCCCUUCAUCGAUAUGGACUCGUGCUAUUCGACCCCAUGGUGCCGUGCUGGACGCGUGCUCCGCGGUCCUCCCCUCCCUCCAUGGUCUCGUAUAGUCAAAGGACGAUGGCGAGCCCUGGCACGGACGCGUGGGCUGCUGUUUUGGCUGGAGCACGCCCAUCAGACGUCCUACAGUGCAGGCUGCAGGCAUGAACUAUUAUGUAUGUAUAAAUGAUGAAUGGGUGCUGCCUUGAACCAUCAGCAGAUUAGCGUUGCUUGCGUUGAUCAAACGUUUGCCCUGGACAUCUUGCUUAACGUCGACGGCGGCAAGACUAGCAGGCUUGAGAUAAUCACGCUCCCGCUCGCUCGGCCUCCUACCCCGCACGGGACGAG